AAGAACAAGAAUCUGCUUCCGGGUUAAGUGCUCCUUCGGCAGGCCGUGCUUAGUUUAGCGGCGGAUGUGUGGCAAACUGAAAAACAUGGACAUCCUGAAGGCAGAAAUUGCGAGGAAGAGGAAGCAGCUCGAGGAGAAGGAACUUUUCACUGACUCGAAGAAGUUCUUCAAGCGGGGGGAACUUGUCCAGAAAGAGCAGGAGGAGUAUUUCAGGAAAUGUGGUCUCAAGGUCGAUAAUGAGAAGCCAACAGGACAGACAGAGCCAGAGGUGGUCACACCAGAGCCCUCCACCUCAUCCAACCCUGUUCUGGAGCUGGAGCUGACGGAGGAGAAGCUACCCAUGACUCUUUCCCGACAGGAGGUGAUCCGUCGACUGAGGGAACGAGGAGAACCCAUACGGCUCUUUGGCGAGUCCGAUUAUGAUGCCUUCCAGCGACUGAGGAAAAUUGAAAUUUUGGCACCUGAAGUGAACAAGGGCUUAAGGAAUGACCUGAAGGCAGCCAUGGAUAAGAUCGAUCAGCAGUACCUGAACGAACUGGUGGGCGGUCAAGAAGCAGGAGAUGCAGACACACAGCAUGACCUGAAGGUCCAUGAGGAGAACACCACCAUUGAGGAGCUGGAGGCACUUGGAGAGUCUCUUGGAACAGGUGAUGAUAACAGAGACAUGGAUGUUAUAAAUAAAGUGCUAAAGUUCCUGCUGGGCGUGUGGGCCAAGGACCUCAAUGGGCGUGAGGAGUACGUGAAGCGAAGUGUGCAGGGCAAGCUGGCCAGUGCCACCCACAAGCAGACAGAGUCAUACCUCAAGCCUCUUUUCAGGAAGCUACGCAAGAAGAGUCUCUCCGCAGACAUCAAGGAAUCAAUUACAGACAUCAUCAAAUUCAUGCUGCAGAGAGAGUACGUUAAGGCAAAUGACGCGUACCUGCAGAUGGCUAUUGGAAAUGCUCCUUGGCCUAUCGGUGUGACCAUGGUAGGCAUCCAUGCCCGUACUGGCAGAGAGAAAAUUUUCUCAAAGCAUGUAGCCCACGUGCUCAAUGACGAAACCCAGCGGAAGUACAUCCAGGGACUGAAGAGGCUGAUGACCAUCUGCCAGAAGCACUUUCCCACAGACCCCUCCAAGUGUGUGGAAUACAAUGCUCUCUGAUGUGUACACAUACACCCUUGUACAGUCUUUUUAUGCUGCAGUUACAUGUAAAUAUUACAUUCUA